CCCCUCCUUUUUUUUUUUUCUCCUCCUCCUGGCUCGAACCGUGGCUUGCCCAGGUAUGCCUGCCUCACUGCAGCACCUUGUGCUGGUGCUCCUGCUCUCCAGUGCCACCCUGCUGCUCGGCACUGCGGCUGCCACCCAGAGUGAGGAGCGGCUGUGUGCAUUUAAGGACCCAUAUCAGCAGGACCAUGGAAUCAGUGAGAGCCGAAUCUCCCAGGAGAAUGGCACAAUUUUGUGCAUGAAAGGUAGUACCUGCUAUGGACUUUGGGAAAAAACACGAGAAGGAGACAUACAUCUUGUAAAACAAGGUUGCUGGUCUCAUAUAGGAGACCCACAGGAGUGUCACUUUGAGGAGUGUAUAGUUACAACCACCCCUUCCUUGAUUCAGAAUGGAACAUACCGCUUCUGCUGCUGUAGUACGGACUUGUGUAAUGUCAACUUCACAGAAAAUUUUCCACCUCCUGAUCCUACUGAUACAACACCUUACAAUUCUUCUCAUUCUUUUCAUCGAGAUGAGACUAUUGUUAUUGCCCUGGCAUCUGUGUCUGUACUGGCUGUUUUGAUUGUUGCUCUGUUCUUUGGAUACAGGAUGCUUGCAGGAGAUCGUAAACAAGGUUUGCACAGUAUGAACAUGAUGGAGGCAGCAGCAUCAGAGCCCUCAUUGGAUCUGGAUAAUCUAAAGUUGUUGGAGCUGAUUGGCCGGGGACGAUAUGGAGCAGUGUAUAAAGGUUCCCUAGAUGAACGUCCGGUUGCCGUGAAAGUAUUUUCUUUUGCUAAUCGUCAGAAUUUUGUCAAUGAGAGGAACAUUUACAGGAUUCCACUGAUGGAACACGAUAACAUCGCCCGCUUCAUUGUGGGGGAUGAGAGAUUCACUGCCGACGGCCGGAUGGAAUAUUUAUUGGUGAUGGAAUAUUACCCCAAUGGUUCUCUGUGCAAAUAUCUGAGUCUCCACACGAGUGACUGGGUGAGCUCUUGUCGCUUGGCACACUCCAUAACUAGGGGCCUGGCAUACCUGCACACGGAGCUGCCUCGAGGAGACCAUUACAAACCUGCGAUAUCCCAUCGUGACUUGAACAGCCGCAAUGUCCUGGUAAAGAAUGAUGGAACAUGUGUAAUUAGUGAUUUUGGACUCUCAAUGAAGUUAACUGGAAACAGAUUAGUACGACCAGGUGAGGAAGAUAAUGCAGCCAUUAGUGAGGUCGGUACGAUCCGCUACAUGGCCCCAGAAGUGCUUGAAGGAGCAGUGAACUUGAGGGACUGUGAAUCCGCUUUGAAACAAGUGGAUAUGUACGCGCUAGGCCUUAUCUACUGGGAGAUCUUCAUGAGAUGUACAGACCUCUUCCCAGGGGAAUCUGUGCCAGAGUACCAGAUGGCUUUCCAGACUGAAGUCGGAAACCAUCCCACUUUUGAAGAUAUGCAAGUCUUGGUGUCUAGAGAGAAGCAAAGACCAAAAUUCCCAGAAGCAUGGAAGGAGAACAGCCUGGCUGUGAGGUCACUUAAAGAAACAAUUGAAGACUGCUGGGAUCAAGAUGCUGAGGCUCGACUAACAGCACAGUGUGCUGAGGAGAGAAUGGCAGAACUCAUGAUGAUCUGGGAGAGGAAUAAAUCAGUUAGUCCAACAGUCAACCCUAUGUCAACUGCCAUGCAAAAUGAGCGGAAUCUGUCACAUCAUCGACGUGUAUCAAAGAUAAGGCCAUACCCAGAUUACUCUUCCUCUUCCUACAUUGAAGAUUCAAUCCACCACACUGACAGCAUAGUGAAGAACAUUUCUUCUGAACAUUCAAUGUCCACUACGCCGUUGACUUCAGGCGAAAAGAAUAGAAAUUCCAUUAACUACGAGCGGCAACAGGCACAAGCUCGCAUUCCUAGUCCUGAGACAAGUGUCACCAGUCUGUCCACCAAUACUACCACCACCAAUACAACUGGCCUCACUCCUAGCACUGGCAUGACCACCAUAUCCGAAAUGCCUUACUCGGAUGAAACAAACUUACAUACUACAAAUGUCAUGCAGCCAGGUGGGCCCACCCCCGUUUGCCUGCAGCUAACAGAGGAGGACUUGGAGACAAAUAAAUUGGAUCCAAAAGAAGUGGAUAAGAACCUGAAAGAAAGCUCUGAUGAGAAUCUGAUGGAACAUUCACUUAAGCAGUUUAGUGGGCCAGAUCCACUCAGCAGCACUAGUUCCAGCUUACUUUAUCCACUGAUAAAGCUUGCAGUAGAGGUGACAGGACAACAGGACUUCACACAAGCUGCCAAUGGUCAAGCAUGUUUGAUUCCGGAUGUCCCAUCUGCUCAGGUCUAUCCUCUACCCAAGCAACAGAACCUUCCGAAGAGGCCUACUAGCCUCCCCCUAAACACCAAAAAUUCAACAAAGGAGCCACGCUUAAAAUUUGGUGGCAAGCACAAAUCAAACUUGAAGCAAGUGGAAACAGGCGUUGCCAAGAUGAACACUAUCAAUGCUGCAGAACCUCACGUCGUGACAGUCACCAUGAACGGAGUGGCUGGGAGAGGCCACGGCAUAAACUCUCAUGCUGGCACCACCCAGUAUGCCAAUGGCACGGUGCCAUCUGGCCAGACAACCAGCUCAGUAGCACAGAGGGCCCAGGAAAUGCUUCAGAACCAGUUCAGUGGAGAGGAUAGUCGGCUGAAUAUUAAUUCAAGCCCUGAUGAGCACGAACCCUUGUUGAGGCGGGAGCAGCAGGUUGGCCACGAUGAAGGUGUUCUGGACCGCCUCGUAGACAGGAGGGAGCGACCACUGGAUAAUGGCCGAACAAAUGCCAAUAACAACAACAGUAAUCCGUGUCCAGACACAGCAACAGCCAGUGUCCAGAAUGUAGUGAGAAAUCCUGGGCAGACCCAGACUAGAAGAGCACAGAGGCCUAAUUCGCUGGAUCUGUCAGCUACAAAUAGCUUGGAUAGCAGUAGUAUGCAGUUAGGUGACUCCUCACAGGAUGGCAGAUCGGGCUCAGGAGAAAAGAUCAAGAAACGCGUGAAAACUCCCUACUCCCUGAAGCGGUGGCGUCCUUCGACGUGGGUCAUCUCCACCGAGCCUCUGCACUGCGAGGUCAACAACAACGGCAGCGACCAGGCAGCCCCCCCCAAAUCCAGCACUGCCGUUUACCUUGCGGAAGGAGGCACUGCCACCACCAUGGUAUCUAAGGAUGCAGGAGUGAACUGCCUGUGAAAUACUUUAAAAGCCGACAAAUGACCUUUUUUUUGCAUUAUUUGAAACAAACAUGCAGAAGACAUUCUAAAAAACUGCUUUCUCCUCCUGUCAGCACCCCCUACCAAGGACUCGCUUUAAAUAGAUUUCAGCUAUGCAGAAAAUUUUUAGCUUAUGCUUCCAUAUUUUUUUAUUUUGUUUUAUUUUUUGAACGUUUUUGCACUUUUAUUUAGUAUCGCUAAAGUUAAGUCUGUCUGUUUUGACCACGGAAUAUAUAUAUGUGUAUCAAAAAUGUGGUCUCAAAAUAUUUUUUUAAAAAAAAAGUAACAAAAAAAAGUAUUGCUGAUAAUCAGUUUGGACCAGUUUCUUAAGGUCACUAAGAUCAUAAGCAGACUAUAAGACAGGUUUGACUGCAGUGGUGUCUUGUAACCAUGUUUUGAUUUCUGUGCACAAGCUAGUCUGUAUAUUUCUAUGUUACAAAGUGUAUUCUCUUUUGAACCCCUUAUUUUUCUUGUGUCAUGUUGAAAUGUGCAAUAGUCUAUAGUUCAUGGUAUGCUUUAUUGAAAAGUGUGUUUCUAAAACUGCCACGUGUUCCCAUUUUUGUACCUGUUAAUUUUCCCCUGACAGUUGAGCAGUCAGCCGGUCAUGACAGUGAACUUUGCACAUUGUAGCCAGCUCGAAGCAGCUGCCUAUAUCACAUUGUGCUGAGAGGUCACAAUGCAUGAAUUUUCCCCAACUUGAAAGGGCUUUUAAAAAGGAACAAAAAAAAAAAUCUGAGCUCUGUACCUUUUCUUUGAUCCUUCCAAAUCAAAAUGUGUUUCCUUUAUAGUAGUGUAUGCCAACCUGUGAAGUUCUGAAUAACAAAAUGGUGAACAAAUGUAAGGAAACAAUGUCAGCCAUUUUUUCCAUUUUAUUUUGUGUGCAGUUUUACCCCCUGUAUUUAUGUAAACCCUUAUUUAGAUCACUAAUGAUGUACAUUGGAAAAUACAUUUUAUUCAGAAAUAUUAAUAACUGUCGUACUUAAAAGCUCGAGUGAAGAUAGGUUGUGAACGUACUUUGUUUACACAGAGAAAAAAAUCAUGAAUCUUACUUGGCACAAAGCAGUUUUGUGAUGAGUCAGAAAUCUUGCCUGAUUAACCUACCUACAGUCUGAGGUAAAAUCAACCUAAUUGCCUAUGCAGGUAGGUGCAUCCUAAUUGGCUCUUGUUGCCAAGUUGAGUUGAAACUCGUCCUCCCUUCAGAGUUUUUAGAGAGCCCCUCAUUCAUCGUGUUAAAAUUUAUUGCAUGCUUUUAAAAUUCAUGGGUGUUUGCAGGGGAGGGUUGGGGAUUUUUUUUCCCCUCUGCGUAGUCCCUUCUUUCAGUUUGUAUGCACAUUGAUUUUAGCUGUCAGUGAAUGUAUUAUCUAUUGAGAUAAAUUGUUUUUUUCACCAUCUCAAGUAAACCUUACCUCUUUUUUGGAAUGAUUGGUUUUACUGUCUACUGAAAGAAAAUUAAUUUCCUUAUUAGUCAGGACCUCCUUCCACCUCAGAAAUAUUCUUUCUGAUUGAAAACACUUCAGUAAAAACUGUUUAGAUGAAAAAGACAUCAGUCUUUGGUACCAAGUAAAGUUUUAUCACUUUAUCUGAAAACUGGUGAUGUUCAAAGAAAGAAAAUCAAUUCAGUCAGCCUGCCAGAUUCCUGUGGCAGGAUGCUGGCAGCAAACAAUUGCCUCCCUUACCCUGUCUCCUUUCAGAUGACUGAAACAGAUGCUCUCUGCUUUUAAGCUCAUUUGUUUCCUUGCUGUUUUAUUACUUUUUCCCCCUGAGGUAAACUUUGCCAACCUUGUUCUUCUAUAUCUGAUGAUACAAGUAGCCUAAUACAUGCCUUGCUGCAUCUGAUUCUUGCUGUUCCCCAAAAUCCCUUGUUUGUGCUUGAUUGCUAUGAUUUUCUCUUGUAACGCUUCUUAACAUUUCUUAGAUUCUCCUAGAUAUCUCCAAGAGAUAGCUCUAUAAAUCCAGACUUUGAUUAAGUGUAGUUGUAGAAAUACAAGCCAAGAGGCACGUUUCAGGCUCCUGAUGUUCUUUAAGCUCCAGUUCAAAUAGUACCUCUCAUCUCUGAGGCGUAAUUAUGUUAUCAUCCCCCUGUAUAAAUACACAGCUAUGUCUCCCCUCUUCAAAAAUACAGCCUUCCUCUGGUUUGACUUUUAAUCCACUCUCCAGCUUCCCAUCUGCUGCAAUCUCACAUCCCAGAUGUUGAAAACCUGCCAGUUGCUCAGCUGGGUUUCAAGACCUGAAUCAGAAUUUCUAGCAUUCUCUUCAUAAUACUCACUGUGGUUUUCUUCUCUUCUGGCCUCCUUUGAGUCUCCAUUUGAAGUGCGCUGUGUUGUUCAGUGGUGAGCGCUGUAUCAUGUGUUGAAGGUUCUUCACUCCUUUCCCAGUGACUUUUGCUUUGCUUUGCAUGUAUCAUCCAUCAGCAUUUCAGAAUAUGGGCUGAAAAGAGUAUUUAGGACUCUCUUGUCUAACUCAAAACACUCUGGGGAGAGAAAAGUUACUUCUCUGACUGCUGCUUCUUUUUGCUAAGACAGAUUUGCACCCGUCUUCUCUAGCCUUUCUUUGCAGGCCAAGCCUUUGUAAGAAAUCCAACUUUUUUGUGAUCAAUGCAAUCAAAAUCAUUUUAAUACCGGAUGAAAGUGUUCUGCAGUUUUCCUUAAACAUUCUUAAAGCAAACAAUGCUUUUUUUUCCCCCUUUUAUCUAUUCCUACUAUUUGUAUGCCUCUGGGAUGAAUUAUUAGCAAGUAUCGGCUUUGCAAUCUACCAUGGAUAAAUAUAAUUUGCAAUGUGAUAGAAAAAUGUACUUUAUCACAAAAUACCCUAUUGAUUAAAUAAAGGAAAAACUAUCUUUAAAUGUCAGUCAAAACAAACUCUUAAGCAGGUACCAAAAUAUUGUAAUUCUGCACAGCUAGAUGAGACCAGAUUAGCAGUUUGGUUUUAAUGCUUAAUUUAGUAAUGCCCUUUUUUUUUUUUUGUUCACAGCACAUAAUCCAAUCUCCAUAGAGUACUUUCUCUGUAAGUUAAAUGAUAAUGGAUUGUGUCUCAUACCACAGGGAAUUAUCCUUAACCAAACAAAAUACAUGUCAGAGAGAGAAUUCUACAGACCAAGCACAGGGACGGUUGAUAAAUGUACUAUAAACAAGGGAGACAAAUGUGAUUUAUUUCCUUGUACUUUUUGAUUUUGUUUUUAUUUGUUUGUGUUUCAAGACAAAAAAAGGAUAAUGAUAAAAGUUGAUAAUUUUCUAUUAGUUUCUCAUGCAUAAUGCAGACAAGAUAAAUAUAGCAAACAAAAAUAGAAUGAUAGUGUAAAUACCUAUGAAUUGUGUCAAAUAGGCAACAGUAGAAUAUUUGUUAUGGUAAUUUAAAACAGAUAAUUCAAGUAAAAUGAUAGAGCAAACAUUUGUGAUGUUUGUAUAUAUAAGACAAAAUCCAAAAUCUUACUAGUUAUAGAAAACGAAGCCAGAAGAGUUGCUUAGGUUAAUGCAUUGCCUCUUGUUCUGUUUCCUAUAAUAGUCACCAACAUAACAUGGUUUUUAGAGUGUGAACUCUAUAAUCAUUUGACCAGACAUGCCUCAUAGACAGGUCUGUUUCCUACUAAAUUGAUAUUUACAAGUCAUGUUAUUUGCAACACUUUCCCUAAAUUUGCUUAUAAUGCUUAAUAGCUUCCUGUGCUAAACAGUUGGUAUUAACAAGGCCUUUCGUGAAGCUCCAAGAUGCACUUAAACUGCACAGCUAAAACAAAGGGAUUCCUAACUUAAAACCAUCUGAUAGUGUCAUAAUUAGAAUAUUCUCAGAAACAAACGACAUUUCCGUUUGUGUUUUGCUUUUUUAGUGCUGCCCAUUUGUGUCCUAUUUUCCUAUAGAAAACUACCUAAUUUUCAAAGGCAACACAUUUUGAUUUUUUCAGCGCACUGGGCACAAAACAAUGCAAGAUAGAUGCUGGCAAGUUUCAGGAAACAAGCAACAAAAAAACCUCACCUCAUAAAUAUGUUUAGAAAGUACGUAUCCUCCCACCUGUAAACUUUCUCUAGAAGAAAUCUGUAAUCCUGUCUGCCUCAGGAGAAUAAGGAAGUUAUUUAAUUGUAUGGAAUAGAUUAUUGGCCCAAAUUCAGUAACAAUGAAUUCUUACUUUAAAAAAAUAUAUAUGUAUACAUUAUAUAUGCUGUAGGUUCAGUGCAUUUUUCUGUAAUGAUAUUCCUUUUUUAAACAUUAAAAAACCUCUACUUAACAUUACUACAUCUAUGUUCAGAUUAUCAUUUUCUUUCAUGAAAAAUAUUCAGAAGUUCAUAGUCAUUCUGCUGUUAAAAUGUUACUAUGGACGUUUCCAGCCUAAUUAGAGAGAAUUUCAAAGUUCACAUAUUUAAUCAGUGCAGGAGACAUUAAUUAUGCUGUAAUUUUUACUUGUGUAGAAAUGAUGGCAGUUUGCAUUGCUGAAACAGGCUGGUUUCAAUAAUAAUUGCCAAGCACAGUAGCAUAUACAUGACCUGAUGCCUAACUGGAAAAUUUGUAGCAGCUCAUCAAAGUAAAUUGAAAUUGGAUUGAUUUGUCUAUGAAAGUCUGAUUAUAGGCUGGGCAGUUUGGUAUUUUGCAUGAAUUUGGAUUAUUUGAACUUUUCUGUCUGGUCUGCCGGUACCCGUUUUAACAGGUAAAUAUGUUAACCUCCUUUUUAAAAUGUGCUCAUUAUUUUUUGUUAACUUUAAGCCUUUCACCAAUGAAAACUAUACAUAUUGCAGUGAAGCCAGAUAUAUAUAUAUUUUUAUGUAAACUCCUUAUGUAUUUAGAUGCAUAUAUGUAUGUUGUGCAUGAGUUACAGCAUCAGAUGGUAGCACUGGUAGCAAAUAUAAUUUUUUUUUCAUAUGCCAUUUUAAAAUUGUCCUUAGUGCAUCACAGUAAAGUUGGGAUCAGACUGUGACAUACAGUCCAGUAGUUCAAGAUCUCCCAUGACAGACUUGUCACUAAUUGUUUAGGUGGAAUGGAUUUAUGAGAGGGAGAGAAACCUGGGAAUGCACAUGACAAGUUUUAUGUGAAGCUGAGUAAUUUAAGGUACCUCUCUUAAAGAUCAAAAAAUAACCCAGAACACUUAACACAUAAUUUUUACAAGGCUUUUUUAUGUAGUAGCUAUAGUUAUGUGUGUGGUUGCUAUUUAAACAUAGUGUUUUAGUCCAUUAAAUCCAAUUACAUUUUAAGCUUCUAUAUUGUCAUAUAAAACUGUAGCUGUAGAAAUACAUCCCUUUUUGAUCUCACCCACCUCCCAAGUGGGUUCAUUUUUGAUGUGAAAUAGUGUGACAAAUCAGAUUUCUCAUUUUGAGGUUUCUUCUGCACUGAGUAAAAUUGGUAGGAGAACUUUCAUUUCUGCAGAUAACAGAUGUAGGUGCUCCUGCAAAUCCAGAUGAGUAUCAUUAUUGGCACAGUUGUAUCCGAGGGAAUCGGCACCUGACUGGCUCCCGGUUGAGCCAGGUGCCCCUGGAAUCAAAGAGGAGUCUGCUGUUGAUUAUGGGCAAAGGAGGGGUGUGUCCUGCUGGCUGUGGUGUUAAACACUCCUUGGGAGGAUUAGCCCUGGGAAAGCUGAUGUGGAAUGUGGAGCCCUGGCUCCGGAUGCCUUGCUGGGUGUUUGCUGGUGGGGUGUCCAGGCUGUCGGGCGGGGUUGGCACAGUGCAGCUGUGGUUAUUGUCCAGAAGUGGAACUGCAUCGGGGCAGUGGGAAUGGAAGGUUUCAAGAUAAGUUCUCAUUUACACCAAUUCCUUUAAUGUGUAUCUGGGCUCCACACAGGUCUGUUUUAGUGGUGCAUUACUAACACAAAUUACUUUUUAUGGCCAUCUCUAUUUAUUUCACUGCGGUUUAAUAUACACAUGUGCAUAAUAAUCAGGAACUAGCUGGAGUUAUGUUACUUAAUAAUGUAAUUGUCAGAUAUUUUUAAAAGCCUAUUGAUCAGCAACUGUUUAAAUUUGCAAGUCAUUCAGUUGGUUACCUUCAAUGCACACACCAUGCUCAACAGUGCAGUAACUGUCACACGAAGGAAGGAUUUAUUCCCAGUCUUCGCGGACUUCUGCAGAUGUAUCACAGGAGCGUACACCCACCCAGGGCACAGCAUCUCGCCUGGUAACUAUUUUAAAGCAGAAAUAAUUAGCCUUUAUAACUUCCUAGUUGCAAGGUCUCCCUAAAGUCAAUUUUUAUAGCCCACUCGCUUGUUUUUAAGACAGCAAAAAUGUGUGAGGUUUAUUUCUAGAGCACUUGAUUCUUUUUUUUUUUUUGUGCUUCAGAACUGUAUCAUGAAGUAUCACACUUCAGUCUUGUUUAUUCAGAAAGAAAAGAAAAUAGUUCGUGAUUCUGUAGUUUGUCAGAAGUCACAAGAACAAACAGGCAAGUCCAAGUUAUAGCUGACUCAUUUGUCACUUUUGAAUUUCCUGAUUGGUGACUCUACUCUCUCUUUCACGCUGUUGAAAUGUAUUUAAAACGGUUUGUAUGUAGUGUUUCUUGUCUGCUUUUUGUCUCUAGAGGAAAGCGUGCUCUAUUCACAUUUAUAUAAGCUGGAAUCAUAUUUUACCAUUGCUGUUGAUUAUUUUCCCCCCUAAAUGCAGUAUAAGAGGAAAAUGAACAUGGCAAGGACCGAUUUCUAGGGUUUGGUCUUCUGUAGAAGCUGAAAUAUGGAGAUGUGAAACUGCCAUUUUCCUUAUGAAAGACUGUAAAGAGAGCAUUACUUUCUGAGCGAGCUUUUCUGGGGGAAAAGGGGGAGAAGUCCUUGACUAUGGAGUCUCAUCAGAACCCUUUUGUUAACGGGUAUUUUUGGUUUUCCUCUCAAACACUGAGGAAAUAUCAUGUAUGAAUUUAUAAAUAAUUGCUUUCAGUUAUUUCUUUUGUAUAAGCUGCCCAAUACCCUUGCUAUGCUGUAUAAGUUGUGUUUCAUGGAACAGUGUGAGUAUGAAAUAAAAAGCUAAUUUUUGUUUUUUAAUCAUCUGUGGAUGCCACUAUGAAAGCUGACAUUGUUAAAGCCACUACAGAGUUUUCUAUGAAUACUUGUAAGAAUUGUUUUGUUAUAUAUAAACCUAAAUAAAGAGAUUGUAUUGAUACAGAGACAUUGGAUAAGAACAUUUAAAAGGCUAUUCUUUAGGCCUCAAAGAAAAAGCUUGCUGUAAAAUGGUGCAUUAUUCCAUUUAUUAAAGAUCAUAUUAAUGACAAAAA